ACAACUUUUGAGCGCAACGCGCGUGGUGCCUGUAGUACGCAGGCGCGACUGUAUGGCGUCACGUGAUGACGCUUUGAACGCGCUCGGCGGAAACGGAAAACGCCAAGAGGAGCCAACAUGGCGGACAGGCUAACGCAGCUUCAGGAUGCUGUUAACUCCUUGGCUGAUCAGUUCUGUAAUGCGAUUGGAGUCCUGCAGCAGUGCGCACCACCUGCCUCCUUCAGCAACAUCCAGACCGCCAUCAACAAAGACCAGCCCUCCAACCCCACAGAAGAAUACGCUCAGCUGUUUGCAGCACUGAUAGCAAGAACAGCAAAAGAUGUUGACGUGCUGAUUGACUCUCUGCCCAGUGAAGAAUCUACUGCCGCACUGCAGGCUGCUAGUCUGAGGCAGUUGGAAGAGGAGAACCAGGAAGCUGCAGCCCGUCUGGAGGAAGUAGUUUACAGAGGAGACAUGCUGCUGGAGAAGAUCCAGUCAGCACUAGCAGACAUCGCCCAAUCACAGCUGCGCACACGCAGCGGAGCCCCGAGUCAGUCGACACCGCCAGAGUCAUGACAGUGACUGACCCCAAACAUGGACUAUAUCAUCUGUACACAGCAGGGAUUUUAUACUCAUCUUUCAUGGAUCGCAGGAGAUCUUGUGUUAAAUGUACAGUUUGUUUCUGGACUGAAGAAUGAUUCUGAUUUCAUUCUGUAAGUGCCCACUGUUUCCCAUCGCAUGUCUUGUUUAUAUGACCUCUGACGUUGUUUUCAACCUGAUAACCGUAAAUGUUCAGCAUCCAUCAGCAUUUUUUAGACCGUCACCAUCCGGGUAAGUUGUUUUUUGUAUAUUUAAUGAUGUUUUUUCAUGCCAGGAUCAUGCGGUGUUCAUUUUAUUUUGGAUAAAAUUUUGUCUUUGUGUUUAACAAAUAAAAAAUGUUGUAUGAAGUGCAUGUUAUUCUUUGUAAAUUGAAUUAUGAAGGUUGUAAUUUGUCUCAUGCAAUGCCAUUGUCAAGAGGCUCUAUACUUUUAACAGAUUUAUACACAUAACAGAUCUAAAACCUGCUGGUUUUUAAUUUUAUUUUUUUCCUAUCACUUGUCCAACUAAAAUGUGAAAACAUGAAAUGCUGCAAUUGAACAAAUGCUUUGGUUGGUCUGAAGGGAUUAUAUGCUAUAAAUGUUACCUUAAAUAUUUUGUAAGAAAGGCCAACAAGUACAGUACAAAUACUUUUAAAUGGUUGCUAAAUUUGUUUUUUGUUAACAUAACUUAACGUAAACAAAACAGUAUGGCGGCGUUUGUGUAGUUGGGAUUUUUUUACGUUACUUAUUUGAAAAAGUAACUCCGAUAUUUUCUUGUUUAUUUAAAAGUAAUGCGUUACUUUACUAGUUACUUGAAAAAAGUAAUUUUAUUACGUAACUCGCGUUACUUGUAAUGCGUUACCCCCAACACUGGAAAUAACUGUAUUGUAUAACUACUAAAACAUUUAAUGAUGUUUAUUCCCAACAAGCCAUAGUCAUUUAAACAACAGCCAAACAUAUAUCAACCUUUAGAAUGCAAUAAAAAUCUUAUAUUUGGAAACAUUCAAUUAAAAUACACAUCUGUCAGCUGAUAAAAUAUAGGCGAAAGUCUACUUUCUGUACUGUAUCUCUCACAGCUGCCCAGCAUUAUUGUUAUGUGUGUGUACGUCCCCCAAGACGUGUCAUUCUGGGGUCCACAUCAAAUUAAAUUUACAAAAGUGAUUUCAUAUGCAUAGAAAGUAUGUUAAAUGCAAGCAAAGUGUCUACUUUAGUGUUUCAAAUAACUUUUGUCAAAAUGCUAAA